CCCCUUCGCCCGUCAGCCACUGGAAACACUCGCCCUCAGAAGCAACGAGAGCCAUUUUUGUUUCAUGGCGCACUGAGCUCGUUGGGUGUCGUUUUAAUGCUUUCAGAAGGGACGCAGUAUAAGACACCAGAGGUCCUUAUGCAUACCAGCUGUACAAGUGCACCAUGAAUUGUGAAGACCAGGGCAUGGGGAGGGUAGUUAAUUCCUGGGCCAGAUUUGCCCCAGCUGGACAAAGUGCCCUAAAAGAGGCGCUUAGGGUCUUUAAUCCCAUGACGCAGGACCUGACCGACACCGAAAGACAAAUGGCGUCCUUUCUUCAAGAGCUAAGGAAAGAAGGCGCCAAGCCCAUUGUUUUGAGGAGCAAAGAUGUUUAUGGAUACAAAUCUUGCACUGCAGAUCCCCUUCCAUCUAGAAUCGCCACCAAGGUUCAGAAAGUCCAAAAACCCAGCAAGAAGCGAGCACGGAAAGGUUUGGCCAGGGGCAAGGAGGUGAAUUACUCAACACUCAGUAAAGCAGCCAAGGACAUUAUUCAAAACCAACCCAAGAUUCUCCUUACUAACCUCUCGGUGGACACUCUUAAGCAGAGCAAUGCGUCAGCAUCGACAGUAGUAGAUAAGCAUUCCCUUCAAGCACAGCAGUGCCUCAAGCUUACAAACAUCAAGGGAUCAACUGGGGGCCACACUGCAAGGCUGCAAAUCCACUUCGGCGGAGAUUCAGGAAACAUACCCCACAUUGCUCUGCGACGGCCACCAGAUCUGUCCGGAAUUCCGCGUACUCCCACAGAAAAUGGCGGUCAGACAAUAAACGUAGUUGCCUUGGACAACAAACGCAUGUUGUCUUGUCCGUUCAAAGUAGAAGAUGCGCUCAUUGGAGACUCUGCCCCAUUCGUCUGUCAAAAUGGUUUCGGUCUUAAAGAUGGUAGCAUUUAUAAAAAGAUGGAAACCGUAUCCGGUAAUCCCGAUUUGAUGAACGGUGGUCUAGACAGUGAUUCCGCAAGGAGACUCCAUUUCCAAAGGUUUGACUGGUCCCAGUCAACACUCACCAAUGGGCAAGAUGUUUCUAGACUGAACGGAAAUGGUCUCGAGUGGAAAGUCAUAAAAGUAGAUGAAUCGGUCACAGACGAAGAGGUGAGGAGAAAGGCACAGAAAAUUCUGCAAGUCAACUUGUCGCCCGUGAUACAGAUUCAUCCCCUUGUUGACUCUAUAUAGACUCUUGCUGGGGAUUUAGUUUUGUUUCCUCCUUUUUAUAAUUUGCAGUGUUUCAUUUUGCAAGAUGAACCAUUGUUUGUACUCUGGAUUGGGAGCUUUGAAGUGACCUCCGCAUUUUGCGUUAUCGUCUAGUAGUAAGGACAUCAUAAUCCAAAGACGGGAUGUUGUUUUCUGCUCUCACAGUAUUUGAUCUCCCGACACAUCCCAGCAUCCUUUGACCUUAAUUUGAUGUAUUUCUAUUUAACUUCUUGAAGGAAUUGACUGAUGAACAAACCUUAUUUAUGACUAUGCAGUUCCCAGAAGUCUCUUUUUGUUGGAAUAUUGUGGGAACAGACUGAAUUUGUUGAGGGAUUUAUUACAUACUGCUUAAAAAGACCCUUAUCUGAUACCCUUAUCUGGGUGGUCGUAGGUCUUUGUGGUUUUCUACAUUCUUGGGUCCUCUUGUCGUUAUCAUCAUCACCACCACAUAGAUUUUUGACAUCACCUGUUUCGUAACAUGUCAGUCUAAUGCCAUAGACCGCAUAUAAUGUUUAUGUUUUAACGUGUUCAAAUUGGGGGCACUUCUCAUAUUAAUUUAAUUUGAGGGCAAAAUAUAUGGCCUUAUUCUUUAAGGAGUGAUAAAGGAUCUGCCUUUGUUCUUCUUUAGUUUCUUUCAGCACUCCUCCUUUAUAAAUUUUGCUUUUGUCUUAUAUUGUGCCGACCCUGGUGUGUAGUUUAACCCUUUUGUUGGUGCCAUGACCACAAGGAAUAGCAAAA